UUGCCGGACGGAUGGGUGCGGGCAGCAGAUAGCGGGCGAAGGGGAGAUGCUGCGGGUCAGCCUCUUGGUGCCUAGCCUGCGAGUGAAGUAAAGUGCCGCGCGGAGUGGACUGGGCCGGGUGCCUCGCUUUACGGCCGUAUCCUGUGCUCUUGCAAGUUCUGCUUCCUAAGGAGCUUGGGGCAUCUUGGCAGCUGACAGCGCUAGGCCCUGCGGUGUGGGCACUCAUGCUGGUAUCUGCUGUCCAGGGCUCCCUGCUGCUGCAGCCAUGCUCCUGGCUUCUGCUGCAGGCUCCCCCCUGUGACUGCACCUCACCUGUCCACCACUGGCAUGCUCCAGCCCCCUCACCCUGUCAUCCCAAGCCCAGGAAAUGACUCCUUUGUUGCAACACCGAACAGUUGUGGAACUUUAGCGCCUUUGGAAACUUUUCUGCAGGUGGAGUAGCCUGUAUUGCAGCGCCGGUUGAUCCCCUGUCGUUGUCUCAUUGGGGCGCAGUGGCCGGAGCGUCCGCGGCAUUGUAAGGAAUCCUGACUUUCUCCGGCUUGGUUCCAGUGUAUGAAGUGCAGUGCAUGGGCACACGGCUCCAUACACCAAGCUUCACCUAUGGAUCGCUUCAAUGGAGCCCCUCAGAUCUCUGCUCUCCCUGCCUGGCGGUAGUAAAGCGGCACGCGGAAUAUCCAGUGCCCCAGUGUUCCCCGUACCAUUGGUUGCAGACGACGACGAAGAAGAUCAGGAUGAGCGAGAGAGUACUCCCACUAGACAGGAGUUUUUGGAGGAGUAUGAUGGGGGUGGUGGUGGUGGUGGUGGAGGCGGCGGCGCUGGAGAACAACCGACCGACUCGCUGUCAAACCCAUUCUACUGGACCGCAGUGUUUGACUAUGAGGCCUCUGCAGAGGAUGAGUUGACCCUUCGGCUAGGAGACUUGGUCCAAGUGCUCUCCAAGGACUCGCGCGUGUCUGGUGAUGAGGGGUGGUGGACUGGGAAGAUCCAGGAUCGGGUGGGCAUCUUUCCUAGCAAUUAUGUGACGAGGACUCAGAGCUUUUCCAGUAAACUACAAGGCAAACGAGUGGAGGAGCUGCCCUGCUGCCCGGCCUCUGCCCUACAGUUACAAGAAAUAGACUUUAAUGAGCUGUUCCUCGAAGAAAUUAUUGGGAUCGGAGGCUUUGGGAAAGUGUACCGUGCCAUUUGGAUAGACGAGGAGGUGGCGGUCAAAGCGGCGCGCCAUGACCCUGACGAAGACAUCAGCCAGACUAUUGAGAAUGUCCGUCAGGAGGCCAAGCUGUUUGCAAUGCUCAAUCACCCCAACAUCAUUGCCUUGAGGGGUGUCUGCUUAAAGGAGCCCAACUUGUGUUUGGUCAUGGAGUUUGCGCGAGGCGGAUCAUUGAAUCGGGUGCUGUCCGGGAAGACGAUUCCUCCUGAUAUACUUGUCAACUGGGCUGUACAGAUCGCCCGAGGGAUGAACUACCUGCACGAUGAGGCCAUUGUCCCCGUCAUCCAUCGUGAUCUGAAGUCAAGCAACAUUUUAAUUCUGGAAGCUGUGGAGAAUGGUGACCUCAGCAACAAGAUCUUAAAGAUCACAGACUUUGGCCUUGCAAGAGAAUGGCACCGGACCACCAAGAUGAGUGCAGCAGGGACGUAUGCCUGGAUGGCUCCAGAAGUUAUUCGCUCCUCUAUGUUCUCAAAGGGCAGUGAUGUGUGGAGUUAUGGAGUCCUGCUCUGGGAAUUGUUGACCGGAGAAGUACCUUUCCGGGGCAUUGAUGGCUUAGCAGUCGCGUACGGAGUUGCCAUGAAUAAGCUGUCCCUCCCAAUUCCCUCCACCUGCCCAGAACCCUUUACAAGACUUAUGGAAGAUUGUUGGAACCCCGAUCCACAUUGUCGUCCCUCAUUUACAAACAUCCUGUUCCAGCUGACCACAAUAGAGGAAUCUGGCUUCUUUGAGAUGCCCAAAGAUUCCUUCCAUUCAUUGCAGGAAGACUGGAAGCAGGAGAUCCAGGAAAUGUUUGACCAGCUCAGGGCAAAGGAAAAGGAGCUACGGAGCUGGGAGGAGGAACUGUCCCGGGCAGCCCUUGAGCAGAAGAAUCAUGAGGAACUUCUUCGAAGACGGGAGCAAGAGCUGGCAGAGCGUGAAAUUGACAUCUUGGAGCGAGAAUUGAACAUCAUCAUCCACCAGCUCUGUCAAGAGAAGCCCAAGGUGAAGAAACGCAAAGGCAAGUUCAAGAAAAGUCGCCUUAAGUUGAAAGACGGAAACAUCAUCAGCCUGCCGUCAGAUUUCCAACACAAGUUCACUGUACAGGCUUCCCCUACCAUGGACAAAAGGAAGAGCUUAAUUAGCACUAAGUUCAGCCCUCCUGCAAGUCCCACCAUUAUCCCGCGUCUCCGAGCCAUUCAGUUGACUCCAGGAGACUCCAAUAAAUCGAGAAACCGGAGCACUGGUGGCCAGAAGGAUGAAAGUGAAGACGAAGAGAAGAAAGAGACAAAGAAAAAAUCUCGUCCUUGGGCCCCAGCCACUUUAAGUAGCAAAGACUCCGGGGCUGGCGAGGACAGGAUAUCUCUAGAAAGUUCAAAGUCAUGCUCUUCAAGUACAUCAAACCAUGGGAAGCCAAUGAAAACGUCUUCUGCACCUGGCUUCACCACUGUGACUGAGACAGAAGCUGAAAAUGCUGCUGAGCCAUUUGUGAAUCAGGUGGAUGUCAAAGAUUCCCAAGCACCCACUCCAAACAAAUCCUACCUCUGCAUACCAUUUCACAAAGGAGAAGAUGUGGAGGGGCCGUUCAGCGAUACCAGUGACAAUCCCACACCAGUAAACUCUGCUACGAGCACUCCACAGCUCACUCCCACCAAUAGCCUCAAGCGUGGCUCUCAGCAUAAGCGAUGUUCAAUGGUUCUCUUGGGCUGCGGAGCUCUUCUUGCCACUGUUGGGUUAGGAUUUGACCUGUUAGAAGCUGGCAGAUUGAACCUAGGUCAAGAACAUGAACAUGAGCCAAAAGAAGAGAAGAAGAAAAAGGAGAGCUUAUUCCAGCGUGCCGCCCGUCCCAGGAGAAGCACCAGCCCACCCUCUAGAAAACUUUUUCGGAAAGAAGAUUCCCCUUCUCAUCCGGCAGAGCCAACAACCUCUAUCACAAUGCACUCCCUGUCUUCCAUUUCUGAAUGUAAUUCUACUCGCUCCCUGCUGCACUCAGAUAGUGACGAAAUAGUCGUUUAUGAGAUGCCCAGCAGUCCUGUAGAAGAACAGGCCCCAGUUGUCUGCAAUCCUCUGGUGAAUAUUCACAUUGAAACUUUUAAGAGGGACCCCAAUCAGUCCCUCACUCCAACUCAUGUGACUUUAAAUUCCCGAACUCACCAAGAACACAGAAGGACCCCUUCAGAUGGUGCCAUUAAAGUCAUGCCAAUCAUUAGUAAUGGGACUUCACCCAAUAAUUACUUAGUAAGCUUUUCAGGAUCAAAUGUUGUGUCUCCGAACCGAGAUCCACAAGAAGUUCCCCGUCUUCCCGACCCCAAUUUAGUGUUCCCCCCAACUCCACGACGCUGGAAUUCUCAGCAAGAUUCUGCACUGGAAAGACCCAAAACUUUAGAGUUUGUUCCAAGACCCCGACCUUCCACCAACAGACAGAGACUGGACUCGUGGUGGUUUGUAUCCCCAAGCAGAAACCGGGGGGAAUCUCCCGCUAACAGUUCAUGCACUGAAACCCCAAGCAACUUGGACUCCUGCUUUGCCAGCAGCAGUGGGAGCACGGUGGAGGAGAGGCCGGGAUUCUCUGCUCUCAUUCCUGUUCAUGUGACGCACCCUAUAGCCGAACGAACACUACUGGAUGUGGACGUGGAAGGCCAGAGUCAAGACAGCACUGUUCCACUAUGCCGAACCAAACCUAAAACCUACAAAACGACAACCUGUGAACAAAAAAAAGAGUUCUGGUCUUAAAGCGGCAAGUCCACCUGCGGCCAGCAGAAGUGGGACAUGCUCGCGUCUCUUGCACUGAAUGCACUUUGAGGAUUCGUAAGAUCACUGGAAGGCAAUAUGAAACGUAGUCCUGAUGCUGCUCGCCCUGAUUAUCCUUAAAUUCGCCUUUGCGUUUGGAAGACUCUUUGCAAUACUCUAAUAUUCAGAACCUUCAACAACCUAUCAAGAGUUCCUAUCAUGAAUUUCAUUAUAAGCUUCUUCUUUUUUUUUGGUAUUUCUCUCCUGAUGGAAAAUUAAUAACCAGAUCUAAAACCAGGAUCCCAAAUCGCUUUCUGUCCUGCUGCCAUGAUUUCCUUGACUUCCUGUCUUUUCCCCUUCCAGUCACACACUGUCAUCAUUCGUGAUACUUUGCUGUUAUUUCCAUCUUUUUGCUGUUUUAGGUCCUCGAUGAUAUAUGCAAUGUUUGUCCGUCUAUGUAUUUAUUGUGGAUAACUUCUGAAUAAGUGGCCUCCAAUGUUACAUGGUGUUCUAUCAGUAUUGCCCUCCCAUCCCCUGUUACUGGCAAUACUGAUACCAAAUCUGGGUAUCAAACUUACAGUGGGACUUUGACUCAACCCAGAAGAAAACUUGGACAGGGUUGCGUGUAGUUGGCAGACAUAUUAUAAUGCUAUUUUAAAUUAUUCUCCAUAUUUGCAUGGGUAGCUGACUAUUUAAAUAACGGGCCACCCCUAUUAGUCUUGGGGGGCCUUUUAAAGCCAUGAACUGAUGGAAGGAAUUGCAGUUCGUAGCUGUUUCUAGAGUACAGACUAAAGCCUUGCCUGCAAAGCAUUGAAGCAAGAGAGAAAGAGAGAGGGCCUUGAUAUUGCUGAUCUUGACUGGUCCCCAUCCACUUUUCUAAUGUAGUUAGUAGAGUAGUUUAGUGAUCAGCAUGCUACAGAGCGCAAUGAUGGGGGUUGGGAUUGGCGUGGUCCUGGGCUGAACAUAGUUUUGCAGGAGACUGUGAAUUAUAGUGCAUAUGUGUGAUUAAGUUCACAUAAGGGCUUCAGAAAUGUUUGCCAUAGUCCCCCACACUGACCAAAUUUGACGUUUCCCCUGCAAAAAAAAACAAAACAACAAAAACUUUAAUGCAUUGAAUGCUUUUUAUUUGUUUUAGAAAGUUUUAGAUAAUGUUGAAAUAAGCUAUUUUACAUGGAUUUUCUAUGGGAGUUUUCUGAGAUUUAGAAACUUUUUUAGUAUCUGAUUGCAGGGGGUCUGACACCCAGGACCA